CUUGGUUAGUUGCUUGGACAUUGUCGUUCCUGGGCUUUGAAAAAGAUUGUUGCCCCUGUUUCCUUUGGAACAAAACAAUUCUUAUCAAAAAACAUCAACAUUGAUAGCCGCAGUAUCCUAAUAUUCAGAUACCUGAUAAGAUACACGAGCCGAGAUGUCAUGAGCAGUUGUUGUCAAGGCCAUUUGCGCCUCGCCUGUCGUUACCAUUCUUCGAGACUCCUUGGGGACAUGCCCGCAUCGGCCGACUGAGAUGCCAUAUUGGCCCAUACUAAACCAUAUGCCUUACUUGCCUCGUGCUGUCAAGGACAGACAAUAUUUGGAGGACAAUUCAUAUGUUCUACCACUUCAGUCCUGUUCAUGAUCAUGACAUGAACUCCAAACAUCGUAACCCUAACCCUCCCCUCAUCUCAACAGCCGUGUCCAUCAACCGAAGAUUUGCGGAGGGGGAGGGGUCAUAUGGAGACAUGCUACUCUCAACGCAGUCAUCAUUGGACAAUUGAUUGGCCCGGCUUUGCUUGGAGAAAUACCCCAUGUCAUCAUGCCCAUGAUAAAAGAGCCAUGAUGGCUACUCCCGCAGCCAUGAAACUGCUCAAUUGAACUCUCCUCAUGCUCAAAAUGACUGUCACAAAGCUCCCCUUUCACGCCGACCACAUCGGCUCUCUCAUCCGCCCUGAGGCGCUCUCUCGCACCCAGGAGCAAGCCGAUGCCGGCCAGGUCACUGCUGAGCAGCUCGCUGCGACGCAAAAGGCUGCUAUUGCCGAUAUCGUGAAGAAGCAGCAGGAGCAUGGAGUUCGCGCUAUUUCUUCCGGCGAGUUUGAUCGCAAGUACUACUUCUCUGGCUUCUUUGAGCGUCUAGGGGGGUUCCGCGAGGUUGAGCCUGUUCCUUGGGAUCUUGUCCGUCUCUCUGCGCCUCCUAUAGCUGCGCUGAAGAAGGCUGGUAAGCAGUAUCCCAUGGCUGCUCUCUGCGAGUCCAAGAUUGAGUACAAGAAGAGCCCUUAUCUUGAGAACUGGAAGAUGCUCCGCGAGUGUGUUCCUCGUGAGCAGUGGGCUGAGUGCAAGUUCACCAUGCCUCCUCCUUGCUAUUUCCACCUGCGGCUCGCCUCUGGAAAAUGCUAUAGCCCUGAAGCCUACUCUAACGAUGAGGACUUCUUCGCCGAUUUGGCCAAGGCUUACCGUCAGGAGUUCAAGACUUUGUACGAUGAGGGCGUGCGAAACAUCCAGAUCGAUGACCCCACCCUCGCUUACUUCUGCUCCGAUGAGAUGCUUCAGUCUCUGAGAGAUGAGGGUGUUGACCCCGAUAAGCUGUUCGACACUUACCUCAAGGCUCACAACGAUGCUAUCGCUGACCGACCUGAGGGUCUCCACGUUGGACUUCACGUCUGCAGAGGAAACUUCUCCAAGUCCAUGCACUUCAGCGAGGGUUCAUACGAGAAGAUCGCCGAAAAGUUCUUCACCGUCCUCAACUACGACACCUUCUUCCUCGAGUACGACAACCCUCGUUCCGGCGGUUUCGAGCCCCUCCGCUUCCUCCCCAAGCACAAGAACGUCGUCCUCGGAGUCAUCACUACCAAGGAGCCCGAGCUCGAGGAUGCGCAGGUCAUCAAGCACCGCGUGCUCGACGCUGCCAAGAUCAUCGCUGAUGGUCAGGGUCGCAGCCUCGAGGAGGCUCUUGAGCAGGUCGGCAUCAGCCCUCAGUGCGGUUUCGCUAGUGUCGCUGUCGGCGCCGAGGGUAUGACUGAGGAGAAGAUGUUUGCCAAGCUCAAGCUUGUCAACGACGUUGCUAAGGAGAUCUGGCCUGGCAAGGCUUAAAAGUUGAUGAUUUCAAAGGCUGUAAAAGAAAAGAAAAGUUGUACAUAGGCUUGGGGAUUUGGGAGUGACUGAUGCAUAGCGCGGUGUUGAUGGUGGUGUUGAAAUGAAGAUGAAUGAAAGCCCAUAGCACUUUGGGUAUUAAGGUUAUGCGCUCAUAUGAGUUGUGCCUGUGCGCAAGGCGAAGAACUGGUGAUGCCAUUUGAGGCUAUCUAUCUCAACAUGGAGGUGCUCGAAUAGACAUCACACUUCGAUUAAAAAAGGCCAGUUAUUUUCAAGAAAAUUUCAUUGAAAGGGGUAUGGGUAUUCUUCCUCCAUCCCACAUCUGUGUCCAU